AAUGACACGUCACAGGGCAAUGCUUCCUGUUGCCACACGUGAUGUAGUCAAUUUAAGAUUUUGAGAAAGAGGUUCCGGGCUUGUAAUUGUCUGUAUUUGUUUUUGUAGAAAGUCAGUUUAAAACUAACAUUAGAAAUAUUGCGGCGUUUCAAGGUUUAGUUUCGUGUAAUUUCCAUUGAGGUUUGAAUACCGUAAUGCGUCUUUUUGUAGAAGAAAGGAGAAACGCUACCCUUCACAGCAUAAAUGCUCGGAGCUGAAACAAGACAGAUACUGGUAAAUAAAUAAAGGUAACUUUCCCCGGUGUGAGGAGGAGCAUGAUGUAACCGGAAACACUCUGCCCCAGUGAAGACGCACCCCCGGCUCAGGCAUGGGCAGUAACAGCCGCAUCGAGUGUAUCUUCUUCAGUGAGUUCCACCCGACCCUGGGACCAAAGAUCACCUACCAAGUCCCAGAGGAGUACAUUUCCAGAGAGCUGUUCGAUACUGUCCAGGUUUACAUCAUCACAAAGCCCGAACUGCAGAACAAACUCAUUACAGUCACGGCGAUGGAAAAGAAGCUGAUUGGCUGUCCGGUGUGCAUCGAGCACAAGAAGUACAGCCGCAAUGCUCUGUUGUUUAACCUGGGCUUCGUGUGCGACGCUCGUGCCAAAACCUGCGCCCUGGAGCCUAUCGUCAAGAAACUAUCUGGAUACCUGACAACACUAGAGCUGGAGAGCGGAUUCAUUUCCAAUGAAGAGAGCAAGCAGAAGCUGGUGCCAAUCAUGUCCACACUGCUGGAGGAGCUGAAUGCCAAAGGGGAGUGCACCUUACCCAUCGACGAGUCCAACACCAUCCAUGUGAAGCUGAUUGAUCAGCGGAAGGACCCUCUGAUCGUGCAGGAGUAUGACGUGCCUGUCUUCACUGAGUGCAAGGAUGAGUUCUUCAGAUCACAGUGGGACCUCACCACACAGCAGAUCCUGGCCUAUAUUGAUGGGUUCCGUCACAUUCAGAAGAUCUCAGCUGAAGCGGAUGUGGAGCUGAAUCUAGUUCGAAUCGCUGUGCAGAACUUACUGUACUAUGGAGUUGUGACCUUAGUCUCUAUCUUUCAAUAUUCAAAUGUGUACUGCACCACCCCCAAGGUCCAGAAUCUCAUAGAUAACAAGUCCGUUCAGGAGGAGUGUCUGCUCUACGUCACAAAGCCAGGUCAGAAGCGUGCCAGCCUGCGAGAUGUGUUCCAGCUCUACUGUGGACUGAGCCCUGGCACCACCGUGAGAGAUCUGUGCUCCAGAUACGCUCAGCAGCUCCACAGAGUCGACGAGAGGAAGCUGAUCCAGUUUGGGUUGAUGAAAGGGUUCAUCCGACGGCUACAGAAAUACCCCGUGAAGGCGACCCGCGGCGAUAGAAGCCGCCCGCCCCGGCUCUACACUGGUUGCCAUAGCUACGAUGAGAUCUGCUGCAAAACAGGAAUGAGCUACAGAGAGCUGGACGAGCGGCUGGAGAACGAUCCCAACAUAAUCGUGUGCUGGAAAUGAAUUCGCUGGGGGCAGUCAGCUGGGAAGAGACAGGCUGGGUCAAGCCAAGGCAGCAGAGAGAUAAAGAGGGAUCAGAAACACCCGGAAAUCAAAGUGAAUGCACAUGCCAGUAUCAUAAUGAAGGAUUUGCUGUGCACUGGGAUGAAAGAACCACAGUUUUUGAAACUAAUCCAAGCAGGGAAUUUGUGUUUUCAUUGAAACAGAAGGAAUCAUUACACAAUACUGGCUGCAGCUGUAUUAAAAUCAUGCAAAAAAAAUAAAAGCUUGUGUUGGUUAGUAAAAUAUGUUAUUUUAUAUAAUGCAUCCGAGGUGACUUACCCUACAACCAACUGCACUCUCUGCUGCAAUAGGUUGUGUCAGCUCUGUGUCAUUCUGCAUAGCUGUAGAGACUGUGUGUAAAAUGUGGUGUUCUUUUUUCCAAAAGGGGGAAACAAAACUUAAUGUUUUAUAAUUUAAAAAUGACUUUUCAUUUUGAAUGUGUUCUUCAAACACUGGAAUCCAUGCAGAGUUUACAUUCAGUCCCAUGCUUCAUGCACAGGAAUCCUGGUGUCGCACAUGAUCUGUAUUCAUUUUUUUUAGCAGACGUCCUUAGCCAGGGUGACUUACAAUUGUUACAGAUAUCACAUUAUUUUUACAUACAAUUACCCAUUUAUGCAGUUGGGUUUUUACUGGAGCAAUCUAGGUAAAGUACCUUGCUCAAGGGUACAGCAGCAGUGUCCCCCACCUGGGAUUGAACCCACGACCCUCCGGUCAAAAGUCCAGAGCCCUAACCACUACUCCACACUGCGUAUCGUCUGAUCUUUUGUAUUGAGCUGACAAUUACAGAAAAUAUAACAGUAAUAUGUUAUAAGGGUUAUAGUAAUAAUAUAAGGGUUCUUGGUACCCGUUUUAAAUGGUGUGGUUGUGUAAAUGAAUUGUGUUAGAAAUACGACGGCUUACCUACUAGCUUUUGAAAUCGAUUGUUAUUUUUUCUCUGUUCUUAAAAUGAAAUACAAUACAAUGAACUACUGAACUGUAUGCUACAAUACCUGUAACAUUGUUACCAUGGCAGAAUAGUAAUACUGUUUAAUAUAACGUGUCACAGAAAUCUAACGUGUAAAAUAUUAUUACACCAUGAUAUACCAUGAUGAUAUAAAGUAGCCCAUACAUUGUACUGGUUCAGAUUGUUUUCCUAAUAAAAUGUUUCCAGUGUAAUUGAUUUGUUUAAC